AUGGAUUCGAUUACAGAGGCAAUAAUACCAUCCGUUAUGAAAGCGAUUGUGUUACGCGAAACUGGAGGCUGCGACAAGCUUGAAUACACCGAGUCGUAUCCUGUCCCAAUUCCUGGUCCAGGGGAAGUUCUCAUCAAGAAUGAUAUCGCCGGAAUCAAUUUCGCAGACAUCUAUUUUCGCACAGGCCUUUAUCCUUCAGCUACUGGUUAUCCCCUGGUCCUGGGCCUCGAGGCUAUCGGUACAGUUGUAGGAAUUCAACAUCCAAAUUCUUUCGGCUUUCACACUGGCGACCGUGUGCUUUAUUCCAAUGUCCCAGGCGCCUAUGCCGAGUACACUGCUGUCCCUGGAGCAAAAGUGGUCAAAGCUCGCUCCGACAUUGCCAGCGAUGAUGCGGUGGGAGGCUAUACGAUAGGAUUAACCGCCCUCAGUCUGAUCGAGCAGGGAUAUUCUGCAACACAGGGCGAUACAGUUCUGGUUCAUGCGGCUUCAGGGGGUGUGGGAUUAACACUCUGUCAACUUUUGAGCGACCGUGGCGUAACUGUGUUGGGAACUGCGAGUGACGAGAGCAAAUUCGCUAUCGCCACGACGAACGGAACCAGUCAUAUGCUCAACUACACCUCCUCUGCAGGUCCCGACUGGACUGAACAAGUGAUGCAGCUGACGGGAGGCCGGGGUGUUGACGCGGUUUUUGACAGUGUAGGUAAGGACACCUGGGAGGGGAGCUUUGCUGUAACCAAACUCAGAGGCAAAGUUAUAUUCAUUGGAGCAGCCAGCGGGAAAGUUCCUCCUAUCGAUCUUUCCAGCUAUAGCCGCCCACGCAAUAUCUCCGUCUUGUAUUCAGCUCUAGUAAACUCGAUUUCUACACGAGAGGACCUCGAAUUAUACGCAUCAAGGGUGCAGGAAAUGAUCGUCCAGGGCACGAUGAAGGUCAACAAGUACAAAACAUACCGACUUCGGGACGCCGCUCAAGCAAUGGAAGAUCUCGAGAGCAGAAAGACCACCGGCAAAUUAUUGAUGAAGAUUUAA